AUGGCGCCUUUACACGCACGAGCGAGUGGUAAAGCAGUUCGCCGCCUGCCGCCCGAGCUCCUCAGUGACAUUGCGGCCUUUGUCGAUCAGCGUCGCAGCGACGAAGAUGACGUCGAAUGGCGAAUCCAGUCGGUUUUCCAAGACCUUCGCAACGCGGCUGCAACCUGUCGAGCAUGGCGCGGUCCCUUUUCGCGCCAGCUGAUGCAGGAGCUGCAUGUUACGAUCGGGCGUUGGACCGAGCACAAGACACGUGACCUCAGUCUGGCGAGGCGGUACCCGAUCCACCGCCUCCGCGUUUCGCUCGUUCGGGACAAGACCGCUGCCGCCAAGUUCUUCUUCGACCUGCUGAGCCUGACGCGAUCGUCGGUCAAGGCGCUUUGCGUGUCGCAAGAAGAGUUGGUGCUGGAUCUGUUCGCCAUCAAGUAUGAUCUUCAAAGUACAAGCUUACCCGCUUCAUUCGUGUAAUACAUGAUAGCAAUCCGAGACACUGACCCCAAUCGCCCUCCCCGCAGAUCUCGAACGGCUCGAGCUGAGCGGCAUCGAAUCUUGCCGCUUCGAGUGGUUGGGACACAUGCGACCGGUGCUCCCGAAGCUCACUUUUCUGAAAUGCCGCGAAGGGCGCUUCCAUGCCCUCUCCCACUUUGCACGGCACGUGAGCACGCCCGCACUCGUCAAGAUCGAGUUGAAAUGCGGGUACAAUCAGCUCUUUGACCAUGCAUCGCCGACGCGCGAAGCGCUCGAGGUCGAGCUCCUGACCUGCAAAGGCGUGCGACUGAAGGAAGUCUCUCUCAUCCUCGAGGACGAUGGACUCGAUGCAAGCUCUACAAUCAUCAAGCUUCUCGUAGAGGGUCUUCAAGCGUGCAAAUCGCUCCGGAUCUUCCGCUUGAGUGUUUUGUCCUACGCGGGGUGUCGCGGCCGCAAUCACUCCCAAGAGCUCAAUUCCGUUCGACCCCUCGUGGCGGCAAUCCCUUCGUAUGCGCCCUUCCACACGCUGUGCAUCAACUUUUCGAUUUACGCCAAGCUGGGCUUCGAGGUCUGCUUGGUCGCUCUACUCAAGAGCCUUCAGACGAGUGAACUUCCUCGGCUCGUCGACAUUCAAGUUUGGUUCCACAUGUUCGACACUCGCGUCGGCCAGAAGGAAGCCGUCGUUUGGUCGAAAACCAAAAUCGACUCGCAGUUGAACGAAACCACUUGGGACGAGCUGAAGAGCUGGUGUGACAAGGAAAAUGUGACCAUUGAUCUCAAUGUUAUAGGCCGCUUGACUAAGUCCAACGGAUAG